AUGAUGAUGAUGAAAAAGUCUAUAGUUCAUACUGUCGUGAUGUUGAUAGCAUUACUAUGUCUCUUUAUAUCCACAGUGGCAAGUGUGCCACUUUUUAUCAGGGACAACCUUAUGCCUUCCAAUGAUCCUUUUUACAAUCCUUCAGCUGGGUUCGAAAAAGAAAAACCUGGCACUAUUUUAAAAUCUCGAAUCUUGCCGUCUGAUUCUAUUGCUUCUUCUUCCUUUUCCAAUCAAAAACUCAAAGCUGUUUAUCAAUUCCUUUAUCGUACUACUGAUGGUCUUGGUAAUGCCACUGCUACUGUGACCACGCUUAUGGUGCCCAACAAUGCCGAUCCUACUAAACUUGUAUCUAUUCAAUUUCCUGAAGAUUCUCCCUAUAUUAACUGUGCUCCCUCUUAUACUCUUCAAAAGAAUGCAAGUCAGAGUAUUAUUCCCAAUGUGCAAGUCUUGAUGAUGGAUACUCUUUUCGAUCACGGUUACUAUGUUUCCACGCCUGAUUAUGAAGGACCUAAGUCUAUGUUUACUGUAGGUGCUAUGGCAGGUCAUGGUGUACUUGAUUCCAUUCGUGCUCUGUUAGCGAGUGGCAGUCAGACUCAAUUACAUCCUGAUGCAGCUGUACAAUUGUGGGGUUAUUCUGGUGGUGCUCUUGCUACAGGAUGGGCUGCUCAACUUCAACCUUCUUAUGCUUCUGAACUUAAGAUUAUUGGUGCAGCUAUGGGUGGUACUCCUGUGAAUGUGAAUGCGACAAUCAAUGCUGUCAAUGGAGGUCCUUUUGCUGGUCUUAUUCCUUCUGGUAUUCUUGGUAUGAUGCAUCAAUAUGAUGACUUGACUGCUUACAUCGAUCAAAUCCUUUUACCUGAUAAAAAGAAAGAAUUUUUGGACUCUCAAAACAAGUGUCUGAACGAUCUCACAACUGAGUAUGCUUUCAAAAACAUUAACUCCUAUUUCAAUCGCUCGGAUUAUAUGGCUGAUCCUAUCGCUACCAAGGUGAUCAUUGAUAACUUGAUGGGUAAGGUUGGUGCUCCCAAGAUUCCUUUAUUUAUGUAUCAUGCCGUUCAUGAUGAAAUCGUCCCUAUGCAACCUGCAUUUGAUAUGUACAACUCUUGGUGUUCUUCCGGCAACGCUGCCAGUAUUCAAUUCGUGAAGGACGAAAUCUCAGAACAUGUUACCUUGGCUAUUACUGGUGCUGCUAACGCGAUGAAUUUUUUGAUUGAUCAAUUCAACAACAAGACCGCUUCUGCUGGUUGUACAUACAGAACGACUGCUACUUCAGCUUUGGAUCCUGGUGCUGUUCCUAUGUUUGGACAAAUCAUUUGGAAUGCUUUGAACGCUCUUCUCGGACAAGCCGUUGGACCCAAAAACUCCACAGUGACAAAGUAGGAUAACAGGGUGUUUAUUUAUUCUUGUGGAUUGUAUUUUUCUCCUUAUUUACAUAGCAUUAAUAUUGUUGUUUGUGAUAUUAGUUUAUUAUUCUUUUAGUGUUGUUGUAUUUAUAUAUAUAUAUAAUAAACAGCUUAUCUUCAGCCUGUCUCAUAGUGUAAUU